UGUCCAUUUUGGAAAAAAAAACACAUACCAAAGAAUAAUUGAUUGUAUAAACUUUUUCAUUAAAUACCUCUAAUUAAUAUCUUGAAAAUGGUGAAAUACCCCUACUUUAUGUCUUGAAAACAUGAAUUCAACCAAGUUUUAAAUAAGUCAAGCCUUGAAAAUUGAAAUUAUGGAGAUAUAUUUGAAAAACUAUCAUUAAAUUAGUUUUGAAAGUAUAAAUGGACAGAUAAAUAGGGACAAAUUUUUACUUCCAAAGUGGACAAAUAAAUAGGGACGGAGGUAGUAAUUGUUUUCUUUGUAUUUCACAUGAAUCUCAAAGAGAAUCCAAAUCUGUAUUCGUCUCCUCGAGAGUUGAAGUCGCCGCCGAAUGUCCUAUAGCAGAAUCCAAAUACAUAUUCUUCAGGAAUAUGUAUGAGAUAUUCGGGUUUUAAUAAACCCGAACCCGAAUUCUAUGGAAUCGGGUCUGGAUUUUGAUUUUGAAAUCCAAGGGUUUGGAUCGGGUAAAAUAUUCGAAUUUGUAUUUGGAUAUCUAAGAGAUCCAACCCGUUGCAUCCCUAAUUUACAAAUUUAUUCCACCGGAGGAGAAGGAUUCAGAUCAACGGAGUCUCAUCUUCUUGAGUAAUAAUGGAAAACAAAUCAAUCAAACUCGCGCAUUAUAAACCUUUUGGUAGCCAAGUUAUGUCUCAUAAUUGGACUGACAUCUGCAAGGCAAGGCUUAUUCUAUUCUGCAGGGCUGCUACUAAAUUGUAUUCAAAACUGAACUUUGCUACAAGACAGAGAUGGGUGCAAUUACAAUAAAUCACAGAUACGCGUUAAUAUUAUAUUUCUUAUUGCCUUAAAUAGAUAUCCUGCUAGUGCAUCACGCCAGCAAAGUUUAGCAACUCUGUAAAUUAUAAGGGUGUUUAUAGAAAAUGUCUAUAACUUUCAUUGCUUCAAUCAUUCUUUGCAUUCAUUUUAAUGGCAUCUUUUGUGACGGUUAUUUUAUCAACAUAUUCCAAAUCAAGCUUAACUCAACCUGUGAGUGUCUUUAGCUCACGGCUUAUUGCCUUAUUCUAUUCUGCAGGGCUACUAUUAAAGUGUAUUUAAAACUGAAAUUCGCUACAAGACAGAGAUGCGUCCCAUUUCUUAUUGCCUUGAAUAGAUAUUCCAUCACACUAGCAGAGUUUAACAGCUGUGUAAACUACAGUUUAGUAUGAUGUCUUGGAAUCAGAUUUAAUAUCACCAGUUGGUUUAAUAACCCUCGUUGAAUUAAGCUAGCCAAACAAUAUUACUGGUUGGUGUCAAAACGGCCGGUUUCGUUCCUAAAUCGAAGCAGACGUUUUUUUUUAUAAAAAUCCGUCAAAUCUGUCCUAACCAGUCAACAUCAUGUCUAUAAACUAAUAAUAAUAAUAAUUUUAUAAAAAAACUUAAUAAUUAGGGAAUACUACAUUGCCACUUUCAACUAAAGUUAUAACUUUAAAAAAAUUGAAAUAACUAAUAUUAUGUAUUUUCUUUUUACACUGUGGAUAAAAGAUGUGUUGGUAUAUAUUUUUUUAAUCACUGUCCACUGAUCUUAUAUUAUAUUUAUCAAGUAUUAAUUUAAUGUAUGAUAUUAUAUUGUUUACUAGUCAAAUAUUCUCGUAGAAAUGAAUAUAUUAUUAAAUUAUGUAUAAUUAUGAUAAUUUGAAAUUACUUUAUAUCGGAUUAAUGUUCCGAUUAAUUUUUUCGACUAAUCUAUAAUUUUCUAAUUAAUCGCUAAAAGAUACCCCAUCCGUCCUAAAACGUCAAACGAUUUUCAGAGCACUGAUACGGAUAUUGUUUCUAGUUGUUUUAAUUUAUUUGCAAGUGCUGUAUUUUUUGUUCUUGUUUGGUUGUUGGCCAUAUUUUCUUAAUUAUAAUUUUUUGUUUUGUUCAGUUUUAGUUUAGUUGCAAGUGGUAAUUAUUUGCAGUGGAGACUUAUCUACGUAAACCUCCUACUGGGAAACAAGUUGGAUCAAAACACCAAACCCAUUGCUAGAUUUAUCCCUCACACAAAAUGAGUUCAACAAUUGAGCACUUUAGCCAUCCGGAGCACGAACUAACCUUGAAGGAGAAUGAUGUUUUUGAAGACACUGCUACAUGCUAUGUCUGCAACAGAACAGUCAUCGGCUCUCCUACGUAUACCUGUACUAAUCGUCGUGCUGACGAUGAUGAUAAUGAUAUUCGCUGUAAAAAAUUUUACCUGCACCAGACUUGUGCAGAAUUACCCCCACAUCUUUUCCAACACGAUAUGCACAACCAACACCUCCUUAGUCUGGAACUACGCUCUCAUGGAUACUAUUGUGACCGUUGUGAGCUUCAAGUAAAGUUCGCUUAUGUGUGUGAUCCUUGUAAUUAUGGUUUAUGUGUUGCUUGUACUUUUCCUUGUCCUCCUGAUGAUGAGCAGAGAGAGCUUCAUCAUGAGGGUCACCAGGAGCACACACUAGUACUAUUGCAGAGGCAGGCUUUGUUUAAAUGUGAUGCUUGUUGGGUGGAGGCUAAAGACAUUUCUUACAUAUGCAAAACUUGUGAGUUUUGGAUCCAUAAAAAGUGUGCUCUUUCUCCGUCCAUUAUUGCAGAGCCUGCCAAUCACCAUCACCCUCUCCAUCUUAUCUUCUCUAUUCCAGAUGAACAUCGCUAUUUCAGCCGAUGGUGCAACAUCUGCAGUGACUAUGUUCCUGUGGAUUCCUGGAUGUAUUAUUGUCACCAAUGCACAUAUUUCGUGCAUAUGAAAUGUGCUACAGCCCCUGCAUUAAAUGAGACUGAAGCCGCUAGCAGUGACAAUGAUCCAGAUUUGAUAGAAUUUCCUCUGCAUAGCGAGGAAGCACUGUUUGAUCUCAUCACAACACAGUGUUCAAAGUUCCGAGUUGACUUUGAAGGCGAAGAUAAAGAUGCUACCAUGAUAUCAACAGAGCCUAAUGAUCCACAUAUAAUUGAACAGCACUGGAGUCACCCGUAUCAUCCAUUACAACUUAAAUCUAUCAUCAGCGAGAAUGAUAACAACAACAACAAUGAUGAUGAUGACGAUGACGAUGCAAGAGUGUUGAUAUGUGACGGGUGCAUUCAGCCCAUAACUGUUACGCAUCCAUCAUACUAUGCUUGCCUCCAAUGUGGUUUCUUUCUCCACUCUGUAUGUGCUACUAGAUUGCCAAAAGAGUUGCCUACAGGAGUAUCGUCAUUUCAUCCCCUGCAUUCGCUUACCCUUGCUAAGAGACCUAAAUUUUAUGAAGGAGUGCAAUGUGGAUUUUGCGGCUGUGAUACGAAUGGAUUCUUCUAUGAAUGUGAGGAUUGUGAUAUCAAAAUCGAUUUAUGUUGUGCAUUUUUGCCCGCCAGGAUAAAAUAUAAAUCUCACAAGCACCACCCCCUGGUUCUGCGUCCAUUGUCCAGUUACGUUUGUAGCGUUAGUAGAUUCGUCAUUUCUAUGGGCAUGGAAUAUGGGUGUGAAAUUUGUAGCAACUUCCGGGUCGGCAUAUUUUCUGUUUCGUUUCCAAGUACGAUGAAACACAAAUAUGAUGAUCAUCCUGUAACGUUGAGAUAUCCUCCAUUCUUCUAUGAAGGUGUAUUCUACUGUGAACUAUGUGAAGAACAAGUAAACAAUCAGGGCUGGCUCUAUCAUCGUGGUCACUCUGAUCAUUCUUUUCACUCUGAUUGCCUCCUUUUCUGGCAUAGGAUGAAGUUAGGGGGGACCAUCAGACUUGAUAUUAACGAUGAAACACACACACUUGCAUAUGCUUUAAAAAGGAAUGUAAGAAAAAACUCUCCCUUAUACAUUUGUGGCAAUUGCGGUGAUGGAUACGCUUAUGGUCUCUUCUUCGAAUGUGAUGGCUGUGGAUUUCUUAUCUGCAUUGAAUGUGUCAGGAAGAUGGAUGGUGAUUAACAAGUCAAAGCAGUUCUGAUAUACUUCCACACUCUCUCUGGCAAUUGUUUUAUUUCAGCUAUAAAAUGUUUACACAAUAUUAUUUCAACACAUCAGUGUUUUAUUUGUGUUGUUUUAUAUUUCUUAGUGAAUUUGCUACUUAUAUCUAAUUGUCACCUACUGGUAGAAGAUCAGAAAGUGGGCAAGUUUAUUG